AUGUCGAGCGCUGGGAAGUUGCGCAAGCAACUGCCCGGCCUUGUAGAGAAGUUGGAUCAGUUUCUUCCCCUUGCUCGAGUGGAGUCGAUCCUCAAAGCGUAUACGACGACAAGGAGGACCACGUUCCGGUUGAAUCGUCUCCGUGUGAAAGGGAAGCAAGCAGAGGAAGCGGUGCUGGGAGGGAUCCAAGAGAAGCUGGAAGAGCUCUCGAGCAGGAAGCGAGCAGUGCGGCUAGAGAGAUGCCCAUGGAGCGAAGACGCCUUCAUCGUCUCUCCUGCUGGCGUCCAGGUGAAGCACCUGAUCGACCUGCAUGCUCACAAGCAAGGUCUCUUCCACUUCCAGUCAUGGUCCAGCAUGAUCCCGCCGCUCUGCAUCGAUUAUAUGAGGGGAGGGCACCUUCUUGACAUGUGCGCGGCGCCCGGGGGGAAGGCGAGCAUGAUAGCUGAGAGGAUGAAGGAGGGGUGCAGGCUGGUGGUCAACGAGAAGGACAGGAGGAGGUACGAGAAGAUGUGCUUUAUCCUCUCCCAGCUUGUUCCCGACGACCUGCUCCCUGCCCUGUCGUUGAGGAAUUGUGAUGCGAGGAAGUUCCGGCUAGUGGACGGGGAGCAGGAGGCGUCGGAGGGGAGGCAGGACGGAAGCAAGUUUGACAAGACCAUAUCACAAGCGUUCGACACUAUCCUACUGGAUGCUCCGUGUAGCGGGGAGGGAAUCAUCAAUAUGGGGGAGCCAGGAAGUUACAAACUGAGCAGCUGCCCGGAGGUCUCGGUAGAGGAACUUCCUCCUCCUUUCAGAGCCAACGACGGAGGGUUCAGAGAGCAGGAUUGUUUCGCCAAGGGCCUCAUGGUGACUUCUCGGCUGAGUGGAGGCAGCGGAGUGACGGAGGCGGAGCAGGGGAGUCUCUCGCAAGCCCAGGCAGCUCGUUGCCUGCGCGUUUACCCGUCGGAGACCAUGGAGGGUUUCUUUGUGUGCAGGCUGAGAAAGAACUGA